GCUCGCUUUGUUAAUGUCGCAAAUAAAUUCGCUGCGCCGCAAGAGAUACGUUGCUUUCCCCGAGGGUGCCACGAUGUCUGUCGCGGUUUGUAUGACGACAAACACAAUCGCGCAUCCUAUGCAGAUUUUCAGCGAAGGUCUCAAUUGGGGUUUAUCGUUUGACCUUCCUAACAACACUGCGAUUUUAGAUGAUUUUAAAUCACCUGGAUUUGUUGCCAGGAGAAGACGUAGACGUGAUUUGUAUCAAAAGAUGGAAGUUAUGAUGGAUUCAAUGGGAUAUAAUGGUAGAGAUUGUAUUCUGAAAGCUCUCUGUGAAGCUGGUGGGUUGUUUAAUCAAGGAAGUAAUGGUCUUGUGCAGAAAAUCCUAAGAAUUGUAUUUGGCUUUCCAAUAGAAGAAAUUCUAAAACAUGAAUCGAAUGACCAUAAGGAAUAUAGAAAUGCAAGGAUUUCUGGACAAAAUGUCUCUGACCUCGAUGAAUGUGCCGUUAGAUACUCAGAAUUCUUAGAAAUUAAUUCAGAAUUGAUUCGUAGUCGUCGUAAAAGAUAUGUAGCAUUUCCAGCCGGUACCACGUUCUCGGUAGCAUUUUGUAUGACAGAACAAGCCAUUAUAAACCCUCAUGAAAUAUUCUCACAAGGCAUAAACUGGGGCAUGGCUUUUGAUUUACCCAAUAAUACAGUAGUUCUUAAAAACUACAAAACUCUAGGAGGAUUUAGACAUAGAAAUCGCAAUAGACGAGAAAUAUAUGAAAAAAUGGAACUUAUUAUGGAUUCAAUGGGUUACCAUGGAAAAGAUUGUAUUCUAAAAGCUUUAUGUGAAACAGGAGUUUUGUUCAAUCAAAAAAGUGAAGGUUUGGUUGAAAAAAUCAUCAGAAUAAUAUUUCGAAUUCCUAUAAGACCAAUUCUGAGUCUGGAACCAGAGGAACAUUGCCACUAUCAAGAUGCUCAUCUUUUAGGGAGAGGAUUAUCUGAUCCGGAUGAGUGUUCCGAUAGGUACUCCAAAUGUACAUUUUCAUUGAUCGACCUGGCGCUUGGAUUCUACACUCAGAAUAUUCCUUCUUUAUUUUGA